UCAGCAGAUGUGCCACCUCUGCCCGGAACCAGCCGGGCCCCAGAGCUGCCUCUGGGUCUGCAGGAGCCCUGAGUGGGCAGCGGGCUCUCUCUGCAGUUUGCCAUCAGGGCGUGUCCCAUUUCAGGCUCACAGGGAGGUGCCUGCAAACAGGUGGAGGCGAGGGCCGCGCAGCCCAGGGGCCCUCGGAGCUGCUCCUUCUGGACGGCACACGCAGUCGCUCCUCCGCGUCCUUUCCCUCCACGGCCCACCCAAGCCCGCCGGCCAGGGAGCAGCCAUGCCUUACCUCCACCGGGCCCCCGGGCCCCAGCCACACCCGGUCCCCAGGGAUGCCCGGCUCACCCACUCUUCAGGCCAGAGCUUCGAGCAACUGAGGCAGGAGUGCCUGCGGAAAGGCACCCUGUUUGAAGAUGCAGACUUCCCGGCCAACAACUCCUCCCUCUUCUACAGUGAGAGGCCCCAGGUCCCCUUCGUGUGGAAACGGCCAGGGGAAAUCGUGAAAAACCCAGAAUUCAUUCUUGGAGGGGCCACCAGGACUGAUAUCUGCCAGGGGGAACUUGGAGACUGCUGGCUGCUGGCCGCCAUUGCCUCCCUCACGCUGAACCAAAGAGCACUGGCCAGAGUCAUGCCCCCGGACCAAAGCUUCGGCCCCGGUUAUGCCGGGAUAUUCCAUUUCCAGUUCUGGCAGCACAGCGAGUGGCUGGACGUGGUGAUCGAUGACCGACUGCCCACCUUCAGGGACCGCUUGGUUUUCCUCCACUCUGCCGACCACAAUGAGUUCUGGAGCGCCCUGCUGGAAAAAGCCUAUGCCAAGCUGAACGGGAGCUAUGAGGCCCUGAAGGGCGGCAGUGCCAUUGAGGCCAUGGAAGACUUCACUGGCGGUGUGGCCGAGACCUUCCUGACUAAAGAGGCCCCAGAGAACUUCUAUGAGAUUCUAGAGAAGGCCUUGCACAGGGGCUCGCUGCUGAGCUGCUCCAUCGAUACCAGAAAUGCCACAGAGUCUGAAGCCCGGACGCCUUUUGGUCUCAUCAAGGGUCAUGCCUACACCGUGACAGGAAUUGACCAGGUAAACUUCCGAGGCCAGAAAAUUGAGCUCAUCAGAGUCCGGAACCCUUGGGGCCAGGUGGAGUGGAACGGGUCAUGGAGUGACAGUUCUCCCGAGUGGCUUUCCGUCAGCCCAGCUGAGCAGAAGCGCCUGUGUCACGCUGCUCUCGAUGACGGGGAAUUCUGGAUGGCAUUUAAGGAUUUCAAGGCCCAUUUUGACAAAGUGGAGAUCUGCAACCUCACUCCCGACGCCCUGGAGGAGGAUGCUGUCCACAAAUGGGAGGUGACGGUCCAUCAGGGGAGCUGGGUCCGGGGCUCCACGGCCGGGGGCUGCCGCAAUUUCCUGGAUACCUUUUGGACCAACCCACAAAUAAAACUGUCCCUCACUGAAAGAGAUGAGGGGCAGGAAGAGUGCACCUUCCUCGUAGCCCUGAUGCAGAAGGACCGAAGGAAGCUCAAGAGAUUUGGUGCCGACGUGUUGACCAUCGGCUAUGCCAUUUACCAGUGCCCUGGCAGAGACCAACACCUGGACAAGGACUUCUUCAGAUACCACGCUUCCCAGGCCCGGAGCAAAACCUUCAUCAACCUGAGAGAGGUCUCCGACCGCUUCAGGCUGCCCCCUGGGGAGUACGUCGUGAUCCCCAGCACUUUCGAGCCCCAUCAGGAAGCUGAUUUCUGUCUGAGAAUCUUUUCGGAGAAGAAAGCCAUUACCCGGGAUCUGGAUGGAAACGUAGACAUCGACCUUCCUGAGCCUCCAAAGCCAACUCCACCUGCCCAAGAGACAGAGGAAGAGCAGCAGUUUCGGGCUUUGUUUGAACACGUCGCUGGUGAGGACAUGGAGGUGACAGCAGAGGAACUUGAAUAUAUUCUAAAUGCCGUGCUGCAAAAGAAAAAGAACAUCAAAUUCAAGAAGCUAAGCCUGAUCUCCUGUAAAAACAUCAUUUCCCUAAUGGAUACCAGCGGCAGCGGGAAGCUGGAUUUCGGGGACUUCAAAGUGUUCUGGGACAGGCUGAAGCAGUGGAUCAACCUUUUCCUUCAGUUCGACGCUGACAGGUCCGGCACCAUGUCCUCCUACGAGCUGCGGACUGCGCUGAGAGCCGCAGGCUUUCAGCUGAGCAGCCACCUCCUGCAGCUGGUCGUGCUCAGGUAUGCGGACGAGGAGCUCCAGCUGGGUUUUGACGACUUCCUCAACUGCCUGGUCCGGCUGGAGAAUGCUAGCCGGGUGUUCCAGGCUCUCAGCACGAAGAACAAGGAGUUCAUUCAUCUCAACAUAAAUGAGUUCAUCAACCUGACCAUGAACAUCUGAGGCUGCCCCGGUGGGGACUCAGCCUGUGCAGCUCCUCGCACUUGAGAACUUCUCCCGGGUGGAGCCACCAAGCCAGAGCGCUCUCCUCUCCCCGUCUUGAUCUGGGAAGAAUGAAAUGGACCCAGCCAUACUCUCUGAUUUGUGCUACUUCUUUGUAAAAUUGCUGCCAUGAGGUGGCGGGUGGCACCCUGUGCCUUAUGUCCAGGUUCGGACCUCGCUCACUUCUCCUCCCUCUGCUUUCCCUCCGUCCUCCCGUAAACUGUCACUCAGAGUUCUAGUGCACAGAAUCCCGGCUUCAAUCACUGCACC